GAGCCUUAUCUCCCACCAAACAAAACUCCAAAAGGCAUUGGCAACAUUUAAACAGAAAAUAAAAAAAACGCUGACCUUGAUGCUAAUUAUACCUUAUGCCAAUGGCUGUGUCAUCUUCCACCUCUACCAUACACAUUGCGCAGAAAAACUUUCCUAUUAAUCCAACGUCUAAAAAUGGUUGUAUAUUCUCUUCAAACUCCAUAAGGUUUGCUUCAAAACCGCGCAGGUUUUGCAUCAUUAGAAGCUCCCGUGAUGUAUCGGCAGAGACUGCCACGACUGAAGCCGAUUCACAAAGCUCCAUUGAAGUUCCACAAGAACCGCCUUCUCUGAUUUCUGCUCUUAAUGUGGAACGAGCACUUCGCGGCAUACCAAUUACAGAUGUAGAUCACUAUGGCAGACUUGGACUUCGAAGAGGAUGCUCGUACGAUGAGGUUUCGGUUGCGUACAAAGCCAAGCUUGAUGAGCUAAAGAAUCAGGGGUUAGAUGAAGAGGAGCUGAACAAGAAUCUGGUGCCUUUAAAAGAGUCGUAUACAAUCUUGUCAUCCAGGGAUGAGCGAAGACUAUACGAUUGGAGCCUGGCCAGAAGCGAAAAACCAGACACGUAUGUUUGGCCUUACGAGGUUGAGAAAACGAGACCGGCAGAAGGAACUCCACCACCAGUACAGGAACCAGAUGAUCCAGGGCCGACAAGAUUGGUUGGAUACUUCAUAUUGGGAUGGUUCAUAUUGUCCAUCAUAUUAUCCAUAGCCCUUAAUCGAUAGAAUAAGUUUGUUGCAACUUGCAUUGCCUGCUUAAUAUUUUAUCUGCAGCUUCUUAAUUAAUUUU